UUUACUUUUAUGCUCACCAUCUGAUUGGCCUAGGAGCUGUAAAAUCAGCUGCAACUGAAAAUGUCUGACAGCUUGGAUAACGAAGAGAAACCCCCAGCUCCCCCACUGAGGAUGAACAGUAACAACCGAGAUUCUUCAGCACUCAACCACAGUUCCAAACCACUGCCCAUGGCCCCGGAAGAGAAGAAUAAGAAAGCCAGGCUUCGCUCUAUCUUCCCAGGAGGAGGGGAUAAAACCAAUAAGAAGAAAGAGAAAGAACGCCCAGAGAUCUCUCUUCCUUCAGACUUUGAGCAUACGAUUCAUGUGGGUUUUGAUGCAGUCACCGGGGAGUUCACUGGAAUUCCUGAGCAAUGGGCACGAUUACUCCAAACGUCCAACAUAACAAAACUGGAACAGAAGAAGAACCCACAGGCUGUUCUUGAUGUUCUCAAAUUCUACGACUCCAAAGAAACGGUCAACAAUCAGAAGUACAUGAGCUUCACAUCAGGAGACAAAAGUGCCCACGGAUAUAUAGCAGCACAUCAGUCGAAUACCAAAACAGCUUCGGAACCUCCUUUGGCUCCUCCUGUAUCUGAAGAAGAGGAUGAAGAAGAGGAAGAGGAAGAAGAUGACAAUGAGCCCCCACCUGUCAUUGCACCAAGACCAGAGCAUACAAAAUCAAUCUAUACUCGUUCUGUGGUUGACUCAAUUGCUUCACCAGCUGCACCAAAUAAAGAAGCCACCCCACCUUCUGCUGAGAAUGCCAAUUCCAGUACUUUGUACAGGAAUACAGAUCGGCAAAGAAAAAAAUCCAAGAUGACAGAUGAGGAGAUCCUCGAGAAGCUAAGAAGCAUUGUGAGUGUUGGGGACCCAAAGAAGAAAUAUACAAGAUUUGAAAAAAUUGGCCAAGGGGCAUCAGGAACUGUUUACACAGCACUAGACAUUGCGACUGGACAAGAGGUGGCCAUAAAGCAAAUGAACCUUCAACAGCAACCCAAAAAGGAAUUAAUUAUUAAUGAAAUUCUUGUCAUGAGGGAAAAUAAGAACCCCAAUAUCGUCAAUUAUUUAGAUAGCUACUUAGUGGGUGAUGAAUUGUGGGUAGUCAUGGAAUACUUGGCUGGUGGCUCUUUGACUGAUGUGGUCACAGAAACCUGUAUGGAUGAAGGACAGAUAGCAGCUGUCUGUAGAGAGUGCCUCCAAGCUUUGGAUUUCUUGCACUCAAACCAAGUGAUUCACAGAGACAUAAAGAGUGACAAUAUUCUCCUCGGAAUGGAUGGUUCUGUCAAACUGACUGAUUUUGGGUUCUGUGCCCAAAUCACUCCCGAGCAAAGUAAACGAAGCACUAUGGUGGGAACUCCCUAUUGGAUGGCACCUGAGGUGGUAACUCGGAAAGCUUAUGGUCCAAAAGUUGAUAUCUGGUCUCUGGGAAUCAUGGCCAUUGAAAUGGUGGAAGGUGAACCCCCUUACCUUAAUGAAAAUCCACUCAGGGCCUUAUAUCUGAUAGCCACUAAUGGAACCCCAGAGCUCCAGAAUCCUGAGAGACUGUCAGCUGUUUUCCGUGACUUCUUAAAUCGCUGUCUUGAGAUGGAUGUGGAUAGACGAGGAUCUGCCAAGGAGCUUUUGCAGCAUCCGUUUUUAAAAUUAGCCAAGCCUCUCUCCAGCCUCACUCCUCUGAUUAUCGCUGCAAAGGAAGCAAUUAAGAACAGUAGCCGUUAGAACUGCAAGCCUUACCCCUCCCUCACCGACUCCAGGAUGAGUAAGACUGAAAUAAAACUCUGCUGCAGGAUCCACAGAAGAAAAGACAGUCAAAUGGAGUGGGGGUUCUUUAACUUUCAAGUGAAUAGAAACUUCUUAUAAACCUUUUUCCUACUCCCUCAGAUUAUGUAAUUUAUUUGUAAGCCUGAACCGCAGCCCACACAGGGCAGCAAUGUGAAGUAGCCAUUAAGUGGCCACUUCCACCGUGAAGCGAAAGAGCCAGUAGUGAAUCCCCUCAUUUUGUGCAUUUACUUUGAAGAAAAAAAGAUUUCUCAAAGAUGCACACUCCCUCUUCAUAGUGCUGUGUUUGUUUUUAAGUUAGAGAGUAGUCCCUCUUCCAUUCGAACCUCUUUCAAAAUCCCUUACCCAACGUGAUGUUUUUUCACUUGCAUUGUCAUUAGAUGUCCAGAAAAAUAAAAGAUGUCAA